GUCUUCCCGUGUUUGACACGAGGUACGUAAGCAAGUAAACAGCAGGCAGUCGAGCAGUACUUAAUGUGUUUGUGUGUUGUUGAAGGUGGCAAGUGGAACAGUGGGAGCGGUUGUGCCGACGUUGCUGCAGUCAUUCGUGAUGCAACUCACGCGCGUCUUCGGUGUUAUCGUCGAUAUUUGAGCCUUAUUUAAUUUUAAUAGUUCGUGCCCUUGACGUUGAAUAGGUGUUCGAACGUGCAAUGACAGUAACGAAGUGACCUGUUAAUUAUAUUUUGUCGAGUGCCUGCUAGUACUUGUUCGUUAAUAGCUGUCCUGUUUGACAAGCACUGUGAACACUCCGUUUAGACCGCCGCCCUGUCUAGAGGCCCGGCGCUAUGUGCUGCGAGACGUUCGUGGCCAAGUACUGCCUGUGCAUCUUCAACUUCCUGUUCUUCCUGGCCGGCGCGGCGGCGCUGGGGGUCGGCAUAUGGAUCGCGCAGGACAAGCACUCCUUCAUCGCCGUCACGCAGAUCAUCGAGAACAAGGAGCUGCAGAUCGAGUUUGGCAAAUUCACGCAGCCAACGGUUAUUGAGCAAGCAUCGUACAUCCUUAUUGCAGCGGGAGCCUUUGUGUUCAUAGUUAGUUUCAUCGGCUACUGUGGUGCUGUAAGGGAGUCUAGGUGCCUUUUGGCCACUUACGGGGUGUUGCUGUUGCUCAUCCUCUUGUUGGAAGUAACUGCGGGCGGACUUGCAGCUGCCUACAGGAAAGAGACUGAAACGGAGACAAGAAACUUCUUGAAGAACUCCAUCAAGAAAUUCUAUUCCACAGAGAAUCCAGAUGCUGUGUCGCUGAUGUGGACAUACUUCAUGGCUCAGAUGAAGUGUUGUGGAGUGGACAGUGGCGAAGACUUCAACGAGUCUCCGUGGGGGACUUCCAAGGAGAGGAACAGCAAGAAGGUCCCGGAAGCGUGCUGCAUCCUCGUGGGCGACAUGAGCAAGUUCACGCCCAAGGACCCGCUGUGUCCCGUCAGCCCGUCCGAGUCGAACUCUUACUACUCCAAGGGAUGCUACAAGAGGAUGCACGAGUGGCUGAUGGACCACAUCAACGUCAUGAUCGGCAUCGGCAUAGGCCUGGGCUUGCUGCAGCUGCUGGGCAUCUUCUUCGCUUUCUGCCUCUGCCGGUCCAUCGACAGCUACAUCAAGUGAUGUCUGGCAGGCCGCAGGGCGGAGCCUGCGCGCAUCUAGACCGACCAGUAGAGCGACCGGAAACCUUUGCUUGUAGUGAGCGACGUAGAGAGAUGUUUAUUUCUGUGUGAACUGCAUAUUCACGCUUGCUUGUCUGAAAUCUCCUCAAGAUUUUUAAGUUUAGUAGGCCUGGAUAUGAAAAAAAUGUUUUUGUUUAAUUAGGAAAUAAUUUUGUUGUAGCUAUUUAGAACUUUUAUAAUGUUUAUUAUUAUAAUCUUUAUUAUUAUUAUUAUUAUUAUUAUUAUUUUGUAUAUGAGGCACAGGUUUAUGUUUAGGUUAAUGUCUAAAAUUGGUACAAGCUUUAAUGAUUUUAGACAGUUUUUGUUCAGAUUGUGAAUUUUUUUUUGUAGGAAAUAUAGAUUUAUAAAAUUAGUUUUAAGUGUGUUACGUGAAAACUGAUUUUAUUUUCUGUUGGCCUAUUAAAAAAAAAUUGUGCUGUUCAUGCAUUAGAAACUAUCAAUAUUAAAGUAUUACAAAUUGAACUCAUUUGUUUGGUGAUAAAACAUUUCUGGAGAGGGUGAAUAAUCUCAAAAGUGAUAGUGAAAGUUUUCGUCCGCAAGUGUAAAUUUUUGCUAAUCUCAUCUAAGACAUGUCUCGACUCCAGCUGAACAUAAACUUUUUUUAUAUUUAUAAUGUGAAAAAAUUUGGUGCUUCUGAAAAUAAUUCAAUUCCAUCUUGACUCAAAGAUUGUGAUUUCAAUAAUUGGAGAGACCAGACAGAAGUAAGUAGGUAAGAAGAAGACAGGAAUAUUUGAUACAUGCAUUAAUGUUUGUGAGUUUUGUAAGUGGCUCACUUUUUUUUAAAUACUGUUGAAUAAAAUGGGUCCUCUGUGAUACAAUUUUAAUACAAUUUUAAUGUUGAAUGUACUCAACAUACAUACUUAUUACCUGUGUAAGUUACAAUGAAGAAUUGAAUUGUUGCAGUAUUAUGUCAACUUUGGUCCUAAAUAUGCCUUCAUCUUUUGGUGUUGUAUAUUAUGGCAUUUUAGGAACUGACCCAACACUAAUAUUAUUCUUAAUGUUUUAGUGUAUUUUUUGUUAAAAGAAAAAAAGUGAUGCUUUGUUGUAUGCAAUGUCAAAAUGUACAGUUUUGUGUAUCGGAAGUGUACACCUUUGUAUGUGUCCAGGUACAUGUGUGUUUGAAUGUGGAUACAUUUUUGAGUAGUAAAUACAGGCUUAGGUUAAGGCUGAAAAGUUAAUAAGUCAUAAAAAUGUUAUAUGUGUAAUAAAAACCACUUUAAUAUUUUUUAAGGUUAAGAAAACUAAAAAAAAUCUCAUUUAUAAAUGAAUUAAUAUUUUGAAUACAAACAAAAAUGAUUAGUUUAGUUAUUAAGCUUCUGAAAUUGACAUGGAUAAUGUUUGUCAUGUAGUAGCAAAGGGAAAGAAAUGAAGAAUCAAAAGUUUAUUUUUCAUAAUGCAUGUGUCUUCAGUGUUGUUACUUCUCAGGUUCGCGAAGUUUUUGUACUACAAUUGUCUUAUUAGAAUAACUACUAAUUAUAAAGUCAUGAUAUUACUAUCAAUGCUUGCAAAAAAUUUUCCCUGUAUCGCACCAUAACAAUUUAAGAAAAAAUAUUUUUACAAUUAUUCUUUUUUUUCUUUUUCUUUAAAUAUGAAAGCUACUCAAAAAAUAUGUAGUAGUAAAUCUAGCAGAAAAGCCCCUAAAAAAAACUUUUUGGGUAAAUUGUAAAAGCUCUUUAAAUAAUUUACCAUCCCCCACCUGUGUGCUAACAAAGUUAGUACAAAUAUGUACUGAGAUACAAUGCUUUGUAAGGAGAUGUGUUAUUAAGCGACCCAACAUUUUUUCGGAUUUUUUUACGAUGUACGAAUGCUAAGUAUUUUGCGACAAUUCACAAUUGUACCCAAUGCUAAGACGACGAUUGUUCCUUGCACAUAAAAAAAAAAACCUUGGAAAAAAAAAUGUCUAUAUGAUGUUUCAGGUAGUUAGGUUUAAAUUCUGCCUAUGUUAAUUUUCUCAAACCUGUUAACUGGUGAUUUUGCAAAUGAAAGAGUUGAAAUUAAUUUUGAAAUUUAUUCUUCUCAAGUCUUAAAUUAAUGUCCGAUCCACUAUUCCACGUUGUAACGGAAAACACUCGCUCACUUUUGCAGAUUGCUUCUUAGUCAAAGUGCCUUCACGAAAGAGCUGUCCCUGGUGAGUGACCUCGUCAUCUGCCAAGUAUCGAACGAAAAAGGAACCAAGCCCCGGUUGACCCUCUGGCAACCCAGAGCCUAGGCCGCAUGUCUGGGGCAUAAUUUCUAAUCAAAACUUCCAAAAAUUGACAAAAACAAAGUCUGAAGUACGUUAACUGCGGCACAGCCCUCAGCAUCCUGACGUGAAAUUUUCCGCUGAAGUUGAUAUUUUUUUUGAGCCACCGAGCAGUGCGACCUAUUGACAUAGCUCUCAAACGUCUACUGACGAGGCUACGCAACUACGUAUCACCACGCAGGGAAGUGGCAGCUGUGCAACAUCACCGACUGAUUGUAGCACAGCUCUUGCACACAAGGACACACAUCAGUACACAAAUUACUCUACCCUUUCAUUAAGGUGUUUCUGCAAAAUAAUAAUAAUAUUUAAAAGUCUUUUCUGAUAGGCUGGCAGAAAACCUUGACGAUUUUACCUUCUCCCGUGGGAGCGAACACCUGCCUACUUUCCCAUCAUAAGACCUACCUACAGUGCUAGAAUAUGUCUGUAACGGGAAAAAAAAAUCUAGAAAAUUGGUGCUGCCAUGUUGGGCACCCGUCUCAUGUUCUUUUCCCAAAACAAUAAAUGUUCUAGAAACAUGAAAGCUUCUAAAUAAACACAAACAAUAUACAUACAUUAAUAUAUAACCAAUAUUAAAAGUAAAUAAAAUACUGAAAAGUUGGCUUACACAAACUCUGACCUUAUAAUAAAUGUGAAAAACAGAUAAAUGGCUUUUUUAAAUAAAAAUUGAAUAUCAGAAAUUAUUGCAGAAAUAUUCAUGUCAAUAAAAUACAAAUACCAAACUAGGUCACCACGACCUUGACCCUCCAUUAUCAGCUGAUUCACCUGAAUGACUAAAAAUAUUAUUUUUAAAAGAACACUUCACAAUAUUGGGGAGUGCAUGGGUUCUGCAAUACCACAAUCAAAAAUGUGGAGGAAAAAAUCUGAAAUAAUACAUUAGUCUACACUGUGAGUUCAGUAUUAUGUAUGUAUUUAUUUUAAUACAUCAUUUGUUAAAUCUUUCUCCAGUAAUAUCCAAUAGAGCAGUGUUUAUAUGAUGCAAUAUGUGUUCAUCACACAUCUUGGAAAGCAAACUUGCAAGAGAAUAUCAAGUGAAUUAUGUACUUACGAAGUCAUACAUUUUAAGAAAAACAUUUGUGUUAUUAGUUACACACACAUUAUCUUACCAUAAUUAAAAUUGUACUACUAAUCAUUGUCUAAAUUCUUGCAGCAGCUAUCGUAAUUGAAGCCCCAGUCUUGUUACCGAAAAUAAUGUAACAAUAAUAGUACAUGUUCGUCCAUACUUCAAGCCUAUCGUCAGUUUGUCAUCUUAAGCAUUAAUUAUACUACAUUUUCACUUGUAUCCUAAAACUUUUAGCAUUAGAUGCUAAAAAAAAAAAAAAAAGGGGGGGGGGGGAGGGGUUCAAUUUUUGUGUUCUCAAGCCUAUCAGUUUAAGUUCGGAAAAUAUGUUGGGCAUCUUGCAUGGUUCAUGAAUGUGGUUUUAGUGUUAUGUUAUUUGCAAUUAUUAAUGACAACUUUAAAAUUCCACAAAGGUUUAUUUUUAUUUUGUGUAUAUUGAAAGUUUUCUCCUAGGUGUUGAAUCAAUACGUAUAUGUUUAUAUGGAAUUUGUUAAAAAUUUUGUGGGUGUUUCACUACAAUAUCUCAAAUUGUCUUAAACGUACUUGCUGUUGAAACAAAGUGUCUUACAUAUUUGAAUUAAUGCUUCCAUUAUGUCUGGAAAUUGUAGUUUGUGGCAUGAAAAUAGUGGCGGGAUUAGAUCGAAUUUGACAAUGAGUGCUUUGGAAAAAAAUAUUUGUAAAAUGAUAUUUACGUUAUAUUGCCUUCUAUACUGUAAAUUGGUAGCUUAUAUGGCAGGGAAAUGUUUUGGGGGUUACUUUUAGUUUUGGAGUUGGCAAGAAUAAAUAAGACUGACUUUUUUUGUUGGCAAGUAGCUACUUUCAGCACUACACUUGCUAGUUCUUCAUUCUCAAUGUCGAAACGUAAUCCUGAAAAUAAUUAACAUAGUUGAGCUGUAAGUGUUUUUCUCUGCAUGCCUGCCUAUAAGUGAGCCAGUAGUGUCGAGUAGUUACGGUAAUGUUCGGAUGUGUUUCAGACACAGUUCUGAACUGAUGUAGUGUUCUUAAUUCUGUACCUCUGAGGUAAAGAACAUAAUGUCCAGUUUUAAGAAAUGUAGUUGGCAAGAUGUACAUGUUACAUAUUUUUCGCUCUAUAUAUUGUAAUAUAGCACUCGUCCAUUAUGUGCCAUUUUUACAGACAGUCCUCCUAAAAUAGAAAUUGUUUUACAUUAAAUAAUUAAUUGUAUUGAAAAUAACAUCAUUAUUAAGAAUAAUGUGUUAAAAUUUCAUAAAGCAAUUCCUACUACUAGCGAAGAAACCGGAAAAUAAAUAAAGUUUAAACAAAUCAAAAACCUUCUUCCUUGAAAAAUUACAAUUUUUUGACAUGUCCUAUUCCUCUAGGAUACAGAAUUAGGCACACAGUUCUCUGAAUGUGACUUUUGCUUUUAAAGGUUUUCACGUAGGCAGAAAAUAAAAAUUCUGCAUUCUGCAAAAUCUACACAUUCCCAUAAUACUACACAAAUGCUAUUUUACAGUAAAAAUAUUUAUGGGGCAGAGAAAAUUGAAGUAACUACAUAGGCUAUACUAUAAAAACAGCACACAAGUUAAUUUUGGAAUUGUAAUCUUUAGAGGUAAGACUUUAUUUAAAUGAUUGAAAUAGUUAUUUUUCAGUUUUUGGAACUUGCCAACAAUAUACUUGAUGUGGAAACCAGUCUUUCUAAUUUCAUGAAAAUAAAUAGUAUUGUGUACUCCUGAUGCAAAGUGAUUUUUAAGAAGCUAAAAAUUUUUUUGAGUGUGGUAAACGUAGCAAUAUGAUUCCAUAUUUGUAGGUUAAAAAUUUUUUUUUGGUGACAUUUAUGAGAUUGUUAGCAAGGGUUUUUCCAAGUUAUUAUUUGCAACUGGGAGUAACCUUUGUAUCAAUUUUUUUUUUAAGUUUAGUGUUACAAAUGUAUGUGUGUGUGCUGUAUUUUUGUAAUUAAAAACUGGUUUAUAUUUUUAUGCACAUUAUCUUUGUACAUAAGUAUAAUAAAGUUUUAUUCCAAAUGAAUAUUUAAGACAAACUGUUUAAAUUCUAUUUAUGGGAAAUCUCAAUUAAAAAGAGUUAAAAUUAACUUCAAUUAUUAUUUCAUUUCAGUUUGUUAGGAAUAUUAUGUAGUAUCACUAUCUGGAGAGAGAAAAAAAAGCAAAACUGUAGGUGGUCAGCCCAUGGGAAAAAAGGAA